GAUAGAGACACCUCCACCACCGCCCAUCUGUCGGGAUCAAUAAACCAAUCACCUCAUCGAUCAUCUGGGGACCCGGGUUCGGCUCGCAUCGCCGCGAGGACAUCGCAGCUCAAGUCGCGAGCGAACGACCGUUGAUGACGGAGGAGCCUCUCUGCGCUCGAGCUGGCGGUUCUCCAUCCCAACCUUCCCAACAUCCUGCUCAGGGGCUUCACUCACUCCGUGAUCGUAGCGCUGUCGUUCUGCACCGCGGCCGCCCCGGACCGGCCCGCCGCCUUCCCUGUCAGGCCGCGAGCCGCCAAAGCCAAUGGUAAGCACAGCGGGGCGACCUUAGAGCCACAGACUCUGCACAGCCGCUGCGCUGCCUUCCGCUAUCGAGCCGACGAGUAUUACGAGGGAGGAGACGGUCCGGGACGCAGAGCCUCAACGCCAGCGAUGCCCGGAUCCUCGCCGGCCAGCAGCAAGGCUCGGGUUUACACCGACGUCAACACGCAGAAGAACCGGGAGUACUGGGACUACGACGCACACGUGCCAAACUGGAGCAACCAGGACAACUACCAGCUGGUGCGCAAACUGGGCCGGGGGAAGUACAGCGAAGUGUUCGAGGCGAUAAACAUUACAAACAACGAGAAGGUGGUGGUGAAAAUCCUGAAGCCCGUCAAGAAGAAGAAGAUCAAACGGGAAAUAAAGAUCCUGGAAAACCUGCGAGGAGGAACCAACAUCAUCCGCCUGGUGGACACGGUCAAAGACCCGGUGUCCAGAACGCCAGCGCUUGUCUUUGAGUUCAUCAAUAACACAGAUUUUAAGGAGCUGUACCAGAAACUGACCGACUACGACAUCCGCUACUACAUGUAUGAGCUGCUCAAGGCUCUGGACUACUGCCACAGCAUGGGGAUCAUGCACCGAGACGUGAAGCCGCACAACGUCAUGAUCGACCACCAGCUGAGGAAGCUUCGUCUCAUUGAUUGGGGUUUGGCCGAGUUCUACCAUCCCGCUCAGGAAUACAACGUCAGGGUGGCGUCUCGCUAUUUCAAAGGCCCUGAGCUGCUAGUGGACUAUCAGAUGUAUGACUACAGUUUGGAUAUGUGGAGCUUCGGCUGCAUGCUGGCCAGCAUGAUCUUCCUGAAGGAGCCGUUUUUCCACGGCCAGGACAACUACGACCAGCUGGUUCGCAUCGCCAAAGUUCUCGGCACCGACGAACUGUUCGGCUACCUGCACAAGUAUCACAUAGAACUGGACACUCGCUUCAAAGACCUGCUGGGACAGCAGUCGCGGAAGCGCUGGGAGCAGUUCAUCCAGUCGGAGAACCAGCACCUGGUGAGUCCGGAGGCGCUGGACCUGCUGGACAAGCUGCUGCGCUACGACCACCAGCAGAGGCUGACGGCGGCCGAGGCCAUGCGCCACACCUACUUCUAUCCAGUGGUGAAGGAACAAGCGAACGCCAACACAGACGGCACAAAGGCAAUAAGCAGCUCCAAUGCAACAUGAUGACCAGACAGCAGGAAAAAAUCUUUCUUACCUCAACUUGCAACCUUUUCUUGGCAGAAACCUCUGCCUCCACAUCAACAGCCAUACUGGAGCAAGAUGUCAGUUUUUGCAGCACACACACUCAACCCCAACACACACACAUCCCAACACACACACACCCAAUGGAUCAGUACUGGAUGGACUAAACCAAUCCCAUCAGAGCCCAGGGAACCCGCAGCCCCUCAUAAUUUGGAUGGGAAAUCGGAUCUGAACCCGUUUUUAAACUAAGUGACUCGCCGGAUCCGAAUCCGGCCGCACCGUCUUUGCAGGAAAUCCAGUUCCAGGUUUUAGCACUGACGUGGAGGCUCUUUUCUGCUAUGAUAGAACAAAAGCUAUAUUGAAAGAGAAUAAACAGUUUUUAUUUAAA